AUUUUGUGGAAUAACACUUAGUUGGUGUCACCUCACAUGACCCGGUUUAAUGUAGCCUGUAGAUACCUUCCAGAUACCCCCAGAGACUGGCGACUCUGACCUCCGAGUGAACCUUAGCAGCUUCCAGGCAGCUACAGACGUGAAGGCGUAGGGGACAGGGCAGGAGAUAUUAGGUAGAAUUCUAAUGAGAACAGGACUAUGAGAGAUAUCCAUAUCCGACAUGCUGGACACUGGAGCAGUUAGCGGAAGAUGGCAGCACUGGAUGUAAGCUACCUUUUAAAAAUCACAGAAGAAAAAGAAGACCGUCCGGGGCAGAGCACGACCACAGGCGUAGACGCCACAUAUCAACCGAUAUCAACAACAUAGAGUAGACUCAUCAAACACACACCAUCAUUUUUGGCUAUCCGAAACCAGUUUUUUUUAUACAUUAAUAACAAACAGCAAAUUCGAAUCUUUAAUAUUGGAUUUGCUGAACAACAGAAGCAUUACGCCGGCAAAAUAUGCAAAAGAUGCCCGGUCAACUUGACAGCUUGAAGCCCAGAAAGAGGAAGAGCAGCUCCAGAAAGGCUUCUACUACAAGGAGGAAAUGUAUAAAAAGUCCAAACAUGCAGCCGGCAGCAGCAGCAGGGAGCAGCUCAGCGGUCGAUGGGUACAGCAAAGCAGACGGCGCUGUGGAGAGACUCUCUGCCAUCAUCUGUGAGUGCCAGCAGUCAGCGGGCACGAGGAGAUGCUCUGCUUCCCCAGAGCUGGAGGGACAGGAGGGCAAAGAAAACGAAGUGAGGACGGGGCAGGAAGUGGACAGCUGCACAGUGACCUGCGUCUGGGACAAACACGAGACCGAGGACAUGGAUUGUGAGGAAAGCAGCAAAAACAUUUUCCCAGAUGACGACAGUAAUCAGAUUCUGCCCGUGGAGCAGUUCUUUGGAAAUCUGGAUGCUGUACAGGAUUUCCCUCAGAGACCGUCAGCGUCCUCUGCCCCUGGUCAACAUGACAACGCAGGGAGACGGAGACGCCAUUACUACGCACCCGAGAACAGCGAUGAAGAGGAGGCUGGCGUGAUCAGUGCACCGCGAGGGGACACAGGGGACACAGGGGACACUUAACGAAGAGUAACGGAACUGAUGUCUCAAAGUGAGGCCUGAGGGACUCAAAAGGCUCGGCACUUACUCAAAAGCAGCUCUUUCAAUUAGUGAAACGCUGUCUCACAGGAGGCAGGAAUUUGCUGUAGCUUGAUCUGCUGUUAGCCUACCAUUGAUUACGAAUUGUCCUUAUAUGUGAGUUUGCUUUUAAGUUACUUCCCGUACCCGCCAUGCGCUGAAGAGAUUCGUCACAACAUAAAAACUUGAGCACUUCGCCAACAGCUUAAAAGACAGUUCUUGGUCAUUAACAAUUGUUGACUUGACAAACCGUCCAAACGCACAAAAAUGCUAAAUUGUUUUCAAACUUGUUCCCAAAUAUCUUGUGAGUUCAUUUGAUACUGUUAAAACAAAGCUGCAGGACAGGGAUUAUAACUGUGGACAACAUUUACAGCCGGCCGGCCCAGCACUUUAUUUACAAAUUAUUACAUACUGCUUCAUAUUGUCAGUGAGAUUAGCCGUGAGAGAUGCCAAACAGUACUUCAUUUAAAGGUCAAAGUGUAGAUUUGUAGGAAAAGUCGUGCAAAUCUACACGUUUUGGAAGGAUACAUGCGCCAAAGAGCUGUUUCAUAGCGAGAGCUUUUAAUAUCACAGAGACAUGGUUUAGAUGUCAUUGUUCACCAAGUGUCUAAUGUGUCAUCAUCUAUGUGUGCCCAGUUUGGGCUUUUUGGCAGCUGCUUCAUACAACACAUCUGUAAAAUAACAAAUGUAAAUGAUAUCAAUGCAGCUAAAUAUUUUCCCUAAGGAGGAUCACAUUUGCAAACAUGGCAGAAUUCUACACAAAAAUGCAUUGUAAAAAAACAGAGUUUUAUCAGAAAUGUUUUUAGUCCGUUUAAACGGAGGAUAUGUUAAACCUGACUUUAAAAAUGUAAUCUAGUUUUUGAGGGUGCCAGUACUUGCACUCCUCACUCUUAUGCCACUUACUGCCUGAGUGAUAAUCCAUGCAUUUUACAUCACAGUGCCAACACAGAGAACAUAAUAAAUGUUUUUCAUGAUUUAAAAA